CGCGUGAGUCUAGUCGUGCGCUCGAUCAUUCUUCAAGAAAGCGUGGUUGGAACGUUGAAUCGUUCAUUUUGAUUUGCGUCUCAGUCUGUUAACAUCGUCUUAAGAUAUGGCUGGUACUCUUGUCGAAGUUCAGAUCGAUCCUGAGGAGAUAGUUGUUGAUCUCAUCCCUUCUAAUGAACCACUUGUUAAGAAGACAUCCCGUCCUGGAACACCCAGUGGUUGUAUUGAUGGUCGACCGUUCGAGCAGAGUCUGGAUCCCAACUCUGAAAUCCAACAGGGUGGGUCCAUUCCUCCGGACCCAGAGAAGACCACUGGCAUUGCAUUUUCCGGGGGAGGCAUUCGGUCUGCUGCAUUUUGCUCUGGUGCUCUGCGUAGAAUGUUACAAGAUGGCGUUCCUCUGGAGUAUUUGAGCUGUGUUUCCGGAGGGGGCUACACUGGGGCGGCUUUUCUUGACUGGAAACAACGUCCAAAAGAAGGAACUCCUGAUGAGGUGUGGCAAAAACGAUUCUUUGAGAAAAUGCGGAACAAUGCUGGGUACAUGUGCAAUUGGCAAAGUCCCGGGUGGGGGAUUUGCCAGUCAAUUAUCUUCACUCUUCUCUUGAUCUUUGUUGUGAUCAUUUUGCCAUGUGUCCUGUGGUUACCUUAUGCAUUUCCUAUAGCUGUGUUUGUAGACGUUCUUUUUGGUGGGAUUUUAAGAGAGAACAGCACUUGUGCUCCCUCAGUCACCGUGGGUGCCAAGACUUCAUUCCUAAUACUGGAGCUCUAUGAUGACUGCCAACCCCCCGGCAGACGAGUGGCCCUGUUUUUGAUAACGUUUGCUUUUUGGGUUUUUUUCUUUAUCCUGUCAAGAAUAAAAGAUUUGAUAAAAUGGCAAAACCUGUUUCGAUUUCUCUCCAUCCUCAGUGGACUGGUGCUUGCCUUGACCUUUUUUCCUUGGGUUGCACAUGACUUCCUGUGGCCGUUAAGAACCUGGAUCAAGGUUUUGGUUUUCAUCGUUUUUCUUUUUCUUCCAUUUUUCUUUCCCAUCGUCCGUAACGUUGCUGCUAUUUUCCUCUUUUUCUAUGCCUACACACUUUUUGUGAGCUGGAGAGUCUUCAAGACUGAUUUGUUCGGAGCGUUGCCAUACUCAGAUGAAGUGUUCUAUCCAAUCUUGAUUGGUUGUGCUAUUGCUAUCAUACUGUUCCCAUUCAUUGGACCCCUUCACCAAUCUUUGUUUAACAUCUACUACAGAUAUCGACUGUCUGACGCGUUCUUCGAGAACACAGCAAGAUGCCGAUGGCAAGACGUCUUCCCUAACUGUGUAAGACCAGCUGAAGGUAUAUAUGAUCUUAUCAAGGGGGAAGAUGCAAACAAAGAACUGAAUCUUGACGAUCUCAAGGAUGUUUUACCCAUAUUCAUAAGUAACAUUACAGUCAACAACUGGCAGAUUAGCAGCGGUGCCAAAUCAAGUCAUCAGCUGAUUGCAUUUUCACCCAAUGGGGUCAAACUUAUUGGUAGUGAUUGGGAAAAAUCAUCUGAAUUGAGCCGACGUUUUGAGCCAAAACACAUGAGGUUGUCCACUGCCAUGGCGACAUCUGGAGCUGCUGUUAGCUACGACAUGGGGAGUUAUGAGAAUGGACUGGAUAUGGUGCUGGACCUGUUGAACUUGCUGGGAAUUGGGAUGGGAGAUGAGAUGGUAAGUGAUCAGCGCCACUGUCAAGACCAAAGAGAGAGCACAGCUGGAAAGAUAAAGCAGUACGUACUACCUUCCCUGGUUGAGAUCUGCUGUGUAAUUCCUCUUCUAGCGUUACCAUUUGUGUACUGGGUGGGACACAGUAAACACUGGGUGGAAUAUUUGGUGCUGGUUCACAUUGUAGUUGUUUUGUUACUGACUGGGCUUGCUAUGGCAAAGACGGGGUCGACGGAGCCAGGAAGAUGGCAACUUUUCCUCAGUUGGUGGAUUAGACAUACCUUCUUUGUUCGCUUCAUCCGCGGAUUUCUAAGCAUCAAUAACGUUGGUACACAUCCUCCGCCAAUACUGCGACUCAGUGAUGGAGGCCAUUUCGAGAACCUCGCCUUGCUUCCACUACUUGACAAAAAGCUGAAGAAAAUUGUCAUCUUUGAUGGUUCCUGUAACCCUGGUGAUGAGAUGUACGCGGAAUCGCUUUUGACUGCUCUCAAUCUGGCGAGAGAGAAGCUCCAUUGCUCGUUUGAAGGAACUAGCGGCAGAGACAUCAACGAAGACAUCAGGGUAAAGUUUUUGAAAAUGAAGUCAGAGCAAAGACCAAGGAGUUACCAGUUCAAAGUUCAAUAUUAUGACAAGGCUGACAACAAACUAAGUGAUGGCGAAAUACUCUUUGUAGCACCCAGACACCCAUCUGAGAGUAUACCACUAGAGAGAGAGAAAACCGAGCAACCAAAACCUUGGACACAUUUUGGCGUCGAACUAGAUGAUCCCGACCACAAAAAGUGGGGGGAAAGCCCCGAGUUAACCGAUCUUGAAGCGAACAGACUGACGUUUUGCUGCUGUCACUGUUGCCAUUAUUACGGCAGCUCGCACUGCAUUUCUGAUUGUUUGCUUGGAAAGUUUCCUCAUCACAUCACGGCUAAUCAGUUCUUCACUCCCGACACAUUCAGUGCCUAUCAUCGUGAAGGCUACGCAGCUUGUGUUGAGGCCAAGGUUGCAAAGUUCUUUAAGCAGCAGUCACCGCAGGACUCAUAAUAACAUACAUGUAAUAGUGAAAGUUUUGAAAGCUUAAAGAUUUGAAGGCGAAUACGCACCAGCGAGUGAAUGGGAGUGAAAAGCACAAUUGCAAGGAAAAAGACACAGCGCACGAAAAAUUUUCAAAACGCUCAGUAGUUUUAGGCAUUAGAUCAGGAACUAAGAGCUGUACUGGAGAAGAUCUUUGACUUAUUAUACGAUUGUAGAAAUUGGUUAUGAAAAGGUACAGAAAACAAGAACAAUGCUUUAAUUGCUGAUAAGCCGAGCUGGUUCAUCACGAACAUUUUGCUACAUUUUUGGUGAGAAAUAUUAACCAUUUUUUUUAACUAUCUACAUUUUUAUAUGUCGUGGUCAUCUUGUGAUCGAGGUUCGUGUAGUUCUUAGGUUCCACAAGGCGUUUCUUGGCUCUUAGGCGUGUUUACCGAAUGUCUAUAUUUUAGCGUGAGAUAGUUAUUUUUGUAGUUGAUGUGUUUAUGAGUCCUUACUAAUUAAUGACGUUGGCUUCGAGCCUGAAAUUAAACCUCGUUGAAGUA